GGUUAUGUACGGAACCCUAAAAGAGCGAGGCCCAACUCGCACUUGACCGGUUUUUCUUACCUUUUUCCGAACGCAUUUAUUCAGUUUUGAUGUAGAUACCAAAGCAGUGGCAAGGUCAGAAGUCAGCACUCCAUAUCGCGUCGGGUCGUGUUUUUUUGCUGAGAUCUCUUUUUAAAGCUUUGUAAUAAAGUUAUUAACAUUAUUUUAGUGCUAGUGUUUAAAUCAUGAUUCUUAAGUGCUAUGUGUUGUUGUGUUUAGUGUCUAUUAGUUUUAGUUAUAUGCUUAAAGAAGGUAAAGUGUGCGCAAUCAAGAUUGGGAAAACAAACAUCGCGGGAGAAUGUAAGACUCUCAGCAAAUGCCCUUACGCCAUGAAAAUACUCUACGACGACGAGAAAAAGCCGCCGAUGUGUGCCUGGGACGACGACGUGAGGAUAGUGUGCUGUCCGCUGCACAACCUCGGCUUCGUCACCGGCAUCCACGGCCGGUUCUACGACCCCACCAGCGAUGGCGUCAAGAGAUCACGAGCAGUGACUUGCCGGUAUGAUGGCACUCAGCACCAAUGCUGCCCAAACAAGCCAGAUAUCCCACUGUCGGAUGAAAAGGACUGCCCACCGCUGGACAACCCUAGACCACCCCCCAAUCUGAGUGCUGCUCAGCUUAUUGCUUGGAACAAAUGUGUAGAGAAUCAGCGCUUUGUGAAAAAGUGUAUAGCGAAGGACGGUGACCCUGAUUGGUUAAUUCGAGUGGACACGUGCAACAUACCUACUGACCGCUACAGGAUAUUUGGAGGUAUACCAGCGAAGAAUAUGGAGUUUCCCCAUAUGGCAGUACUGGGCGUGGUGGAAAACUCUGAGGAAGGCUCGAAGGACGACGUGGAGUGGGUGGGGGGAGGCUCCCUCAUCAGCGACAGGUUCAUCCUGACUGCCGCCCACGUCCUCAUAGACCCUCGCCAACGGCCCCUGAGGUUCGCCCUGCUAGGCGUCCUCAACAAGACAGACAUUGUCAACGGAAUGCUGUACAACAUCGUGCGGAAGAUCGCCCAUCCUCUUUACAGCUACAGCAACAGAGUGCACGAUAUAGCGCUGCUCGAACUGGACAGACGCGUGACGUUAUCCGAGUUCAUCCGGCCGAUCUGCCUGCCCGUGCCCGGCCAGCGUGGCCAUGCUUCCUCCCGGGACAUCGCCGGCUGGGGACAGAACAUCGAGUCAGGGGAUGCCUCGCAAAUACUGUACACAGCUCAAGUAUCAGUGCAGAUGGACUAUUCGGAAUGUGAGAGCAAGUUCGAAACGUCAAAGUUCCACUAUAACUCCUCAACCAUGUUAUGUGCCAAAGGAAAAAUUGAUAAGCCCACGGAUUCGUGUCAUGGUGACAGCGGAGGACCUCUAAUGAUGCUGCUGGACAACAUCCAUUGCUCGUACUCCGCAGAGGGCGUGGUAUCCUUCGGGCCUCAUUGUGGGCAGGGCUCGGCGGGCGUAUACACCAAGGUGGACGCCUACCUGCCCUGGAUAGUCCAGAACGUCUGGCCCCAGGACUGGGAGAGAGCCACGAUGUCUAACAACGGAAUUUUUUAAUCAAUUUAUUGUAAUAAAGUAAUUAUAUAAAUUAAAGCAUGGUUUUUACA